GGGGCGGGGGCGUGGCCGGCGGCGCUGCGAGCGGCUUGUUGUGCGCGCUGCGGAGCCGUUAGCCUCCCGCUGCACAGGCCUUGCCGAGUCGGCGACAGAUAUAUUAUAAAAUGUCUAAUGGUUAUGAAGAUCACAUGGCUGAAGAUUGCAGGGAUGAUAUUGGUAGAACAAAUUUAAUUGUGAACUACCUCCCUCAGAACAUGACGCAAGAUGAGUUACGGAGUCUAUUUAGCAGUAUUGGCGAAGUUGAAUCUGCAAAACUUAUUCGGGACAAAGUUGCAGGGCACAGCUUAGGCUAUGGCUUUGUGAACUAUGUUACUGCAAAAGAUGCUGAAAGAGCAAUAAACACACUGAAUGGCCUCAGACUUCAGUCAAAAACUAUCAAGGUUUCCUAUGCUCGUCCAAGUUCUGAAGUUAUCAAGGAUGCUAAUUUAUAUAUUAGUGGACUACCGAGGUCAAUGACACAGAAAGAUGUAGAAGAUAUGUUUUCACGUUUUGGGCGCAUCAUCAACUCUCGCGUCCUUGUGGAUCAAACUACAGGUUUGUCCAGAGGGGUCGCAUUUAUCCGGUUUGACAAAAGGUCAGAAGCAGAAGAGGCAAUUACAAAUUUCAAUGGUCACAAACCCCCAGGUUCCUCCGAACCCAUUACAGUGAAGUUUGCAGCCAAUCCUAACCAGAACAAAAAUGUGGCACUGUUAUCGCAGCUGUGUCAUUCACCAGCUAGACGGUUUGGAGGGCCAGUGCAUCACCAGGCGCAAAGAUUCAGGUCAGCAGAGAAUCAGGAACUGCCACCGCCAUGUUCUUGGCAGAGAGCAGCACGUGUACCGCUUUUAAGUGGUUUGCAUAUCACCAGUGGUACACCACAGUUUGGGAACCCCUGGUUCUCUCCUAUGGGUGUAGAUCACAUGAGUGGGCUUUCUGGUGUAAAUGUUCCAGGAAACGCAUCUUCUGGCUGGUGUAUCUUCAUCUACAACCUUGGUCAAGAUGCUGAUGAGGGAAUCCUCUGGCAGAUGUUUGGCCCCUUUGGUGCGGUUACCAAUGUGAAAGUUAUUCGAGAUUUCAACACCAACAAGUGCAAAGGUUUUGGUUUUGUGACCAUGACAAACUAUGAAGAAGCUGCAAUGGCCAUAGCAAGUCUUAAUGGCUACCGCCUGGGGGACAAAAUCUUACAGGUUUCCUUCAAAACCAACAAGUCCCACAAAUAACUUGCUCGUGCUUUUUGUAUGGAAUAGAUAAUUGAGUGACAGAAGUUGAAACAUUUUUGUUAGUGUAAAACUCAUUUUGCGCCAAUUUUCACAAGUGUUUGUCUUAGUCUAAAUGAGAAGUGAAAAAGGUUUUAUAUUCUGGGAUGCAACUGACAUGUUCAAAUGUUUGAAAUCCCACAAUGUUAGACCAAUUUUAAGUUCCUUUAAGUUAUUUCAUUUAAAACAUGUUAAAAAUCCCCUGAAAACUUCAGUAGAUUGCAUUAACUAGACCCUCUGGAUGGUGGUAAAAUUGAAGCAUGCUUUCACUUAUGAGACUAACAUUUGUUCCAUUGAAUGUCUGCAAAAACUGGAAUUUUCUGAAAAAUAUCAGGCUGAAUUAAUUAAUUUUCUUGGUUUUUAUGUUGUUGUUUUUCCUACCCAUUCCCCUGACCUUCUCUACCCCAGACUCACUAGUAUGGAAGAAAAGUUGAGAAAUACUAAUGUUUUAGUUGACAGUAAAUUGUUUGAUCGUUUAAUAUUCAUUACUACAUAUAUAGUUGAGGAUUAGGCUUUUUAAAGUCAAGGUCUUGUAAGUAGUAGCAUGCCAGCAUAACUUUUAACACCAUUGAUGAGGUAAGUUGCACACUGAGCAGUGGCCAAGCUGUCAAAUUCAAAGGUUUUAGAAACAUUACUUUUAAAGCCCACUUUCUGAGAGGAAUGGACCAAAGAGUUUCAGAGAAACUCCGGGAAGAUUUCAGAGUCAAAAUGAAACUCCAAAAAGAGAGUGUGAAUAUAUGUUGCUACUUUAUCAAACUGAAUCUCUUCUGUCCAAAUACUUAAUGCAUGGUGCACUACUUACUGGUACAUUAUAAUGCAGCAAGAUACUUACUCAUUUUCAAAGAUCAUUAUAGUUUGAAUUCCUUUGGUAGUUCUAUUUUGUAAAGAAAAAACAGUUAUAAACAUUUGAGCAUUGUAUUUCUCGCAUCCCUUCUAAUGAGUGCUAGAUUUUUCUAUUUUAAUAGGAUUUUGUUUUGACAACUAGCUUUACUUAUUGAACACUCAGCAGAAAAGUACUUACUACUUGCAAGUUAGAUAUUAACAGAAAAAACCUUUGAUUUGUAGAUUUAAAGAUUAAUCCCCCAAGUUUUCUGCAGACUGCCUUGAAACUUUGAGUUGUUCUGUUUCUGUUAAUUUUCUUUUGCUUUUUUGUGUUUUUUGUUUGUUUUUACUUUUGCAUUUAAGAACAUUAAAUUUGAUUUUGUUUUGCUCAAAUUUUGUUUUGUUUUUUAUUUUCUGUUAUUUUUUUGCUAAGUAUUGCACGAAGUGUCCAGCUUUCAAAGAGUGUUGUUUUAAAAAACUGUAUUCCUCUUUAAAGAGUUUUAAGUUACUCCUUUGACAGAUGAGUAGAAGAAGAAGGGUUGUGAAACAAGAGCACAACAAUAAAUCUGUCACAUAGUUUCUGUGUGCCACGAACUGAUGUAACCCUGAAGGCGUUCUAUGGUAGGAGACCUGGAAAGGAUUACUCCAUCAGGUAAAGGCUGCGUAAGGAUACUGUACAUGACUAGAGCACAGCCUGGGCAACUUCCAGGUCUAAAGUUUAUGUUCAGUUGCCAGAAGGUAGAUCAAACAUGAAUAGGAGGUCAUUGGCACUUUUACUGCAGUGUCUCCUUUUUUUUGCGUGAACCUCUACCAGUCCCAAAGCUUGUUGUCAAAUUUCAGAGGCCGUUCCGUGCUGCCUGCUCGUGUCACUCCGUUCGUAGCUGGCCUUGCCUUGUGUUUGCAAUUGUUUCUCCUCUUCCGCAGUAGGAUCUGCAGUCUUGCACAGCCCGAAGGAGUCUGCAUCGCCAUCUCUGCACCCUGCCACCGAAGAGCAGCAGAACUGGCUGCCCCUCUGCAUUAAUUACCUUCAGCAGAGUCCCGGGAGCUGCUGGUAUUUCUGGAACUGCCUAUGGCACACUUAAGGCCGAGUAGAUGGGCCCUGGCACAGUGCACAGCCUCCCGCUGGCUUUGAGCUCGUGUGCCACGAACGUCACUGGAAUUUUUGCUAUUAGGUUCAGCCUCGCCUUUCCUGCCAGUGCUGUUCACUCUGCCAUCUCUUGAGAGGCACGAUGGUCUGUAAAACAGUGACUGUGACAGACCCACCAACCGACUCCGACCCCCCAAAGUGUGCUCUCAGGCUGUCCCAGAUGUUUCCACCAAUUUAUCAUAAUUCACUUAUCACUUCAGUGGAUACUACUUUUCUGUGUACAAGGAAUUUGGCCGCAUUCAGGGGUUCUCUCCCAAGUUAAAAGAGCACAGUGUAGGGAUGUCCUCAUGCUGUGUCCCAUCACCUUUUAAAUUGACACUGUCCUGGUUCACAGGAGGGUCUGCCAUCGUUUCCAAUUCCCUGUCAUUCUCUCUUGCCUUAUUUCAUGUAAGAUUAAUUUUCAAACUAAAUGAGAGUUCCUGUUUUAUCACAGCAUUUAGAUGGGUGCUCAGACUUCCAACAAAUGACAUCCAAAAUACGACUUUGCAUCAGUAAUCAUAACAAGCAUGCUGGUCGUAGCAACCGUAUUGGCAGCACGCUGCUGUGAGCUCACCAGCUGUCACUUUUUUUAAAAACUUUUCUUGGAGGCUUUUUGGCAUCGCUGUCAUCUGACUACUUCCCUAUAUUUCCAUCUUUCUUUGCUAAAUAAGAAGGAAAUACAGGAAAUUGUUUCAGUAGUGGUAUGAAAACAUCUCUUUUAGGAAACAUCUAAUCCCAGCUUUCUUUGAUAGUAGCUCUGAAAAUAGUUACCAGGCAAUUUGUGUGAGCAAAGCACUGCUGCUUGAGUCAGCAGGAAAAGAGGAGAAAAAAAACCUGCUGAAUUAUCAAGAGCUGGUACCAGAAGUGUACGGUCUGCACCAUUCUAACAGUCAAGAAGUACCUGACAUAAAUAGCUGAAGUCAAGAAAAAAUAUAUAUAUUCUUCCUACUUUUGGUCCUAAACAAUAGCCCGUGCAUCCUACUAGUAAAAAACAAAAGGAAUCUUCUGGAAGUGGAAACUAAAAUUAUAACAAGUAACUUGCCAGCGGUUUUUGCUGCCCAAAAGGUGGGAGCAACUGCUUUGCUUACCACACCACCCAGCAUAGCCUCCUUUGAAGCUCUCCCUUGGACAUACUUGUUUGAAGAGAGGUUUUUGCCUCUUAAUCCUCAGGGAGUUUAGAGAAACUGCGGAUAGACUCUGCUUUUUUAUCCUUUAAUUUGAUGAAACAUAGACAUUUUUUUCAGGUGACAUUUCUGUCUCUGUGCUUAAAAGGUCUUUGUAAAACCAAAGACCUGUCACAAACCAGAGGUCUCACCUUUCUCAUGAGAUCCAGUAGCCUCAGUAAGAUAGAGAAUACUAGAAAUUCUUCAGUGCUGGAUUAGGACGGGAUGAUCAUAUUUCAAAGACCUGGAUUUAAUGGUCCAUGCUGGAACUGUGCUGCAGGGAACACCUGUGAUGGGAAUGUUUUGGGGUCCUUUAGAGUAGGUUAAAAGCCUCUCAGGACACCUCCAGGUACUGAAGGAUCGGGUGUAAUUCCCGAUGAAAACGCCUAGUUACGGCCACGCUGCUGCUGCAGGCUCUUGCGUGUGUGUUGAAGAGAAUUGCGGUGCCUCGGAGGCCAAGGGCAUAGGGGGUUUGUGCCAGCAUUUUUGAAGGGAUCUAUCUGGCUUUUUGUGAACCUGCAAUUUGGUGACGCCAUUUCCUUUUUACACCUUAUCAGACAGACAAUUAUGGUGACAAAAUGAGAAGCUUAUCUGUCGGUGUUGAAGAAGAAAAGGGGAGAGGCUUUUUCAUCAGUCUCAUUUCGGCCAGGGUAGCUAGCCUCAGAGCUGAAGAUCUGCCAACUGCGAAUGCGAACAGCAGGGCCGGGGAUACCCUUGUCAGGCUUCAGCUGGGCUCUGUUUUCAAAUGGACCUGUUUGCUUCGUGUCCAGAGCUCACCUGCUUUCGACAGGAGAGGAUCUGUUUGGAUGGGAAUGCUUAGCACUUCAGCAGAAACUGGCAUUUGCUUUUCUAACUUUUUCAGGUGGUGAGUCACCUCGGGUUUUCACUUUGCUGACCUUGAGCCAAGUCCGUGUACAAAUCAGUCACCUUUGGCUUCUGUGGCAACAAAAAGGCAUCUUUCUGUGUGAGGGCAGGGUCGUGACUUCAGGGCUUUGAAUGUUAAGCCAAUUAUCUUUUUCAGGAAAUGUUACCAGUUGAAUAUCUGGUGUUAUUUUAAUUAUCGCUUUGUCACUCUUCCCUUUAGAAUCACUUUGGUUUAUCUCGUAUUUCUUUUGAAAGGGAAGUUCUGCUGCCCUUGAUACCUAUCCUUUUCUUUACUUUUUUCAAAUACUACUUGUAUCUGACACUCCAGGUAGUCUCUUACCAGGCCUAGGCACGGCUGCUGAACACGCUUGUUAUGGGGCUGCUUCCAAAACUGCACAUGAGCAGUCGUCAUUCUCUUCAGGAUGGUGGAGUUUCACUCUAAAAUGAGACAAUGCCUAGUUAAGAGCAAAACUGCCCUGGUCGUGGUUGAAAACCACCUCUAAGCAAAUUUCUCUGAAGAUAUUCUGGUCUCUAGUUGUGUUGUACAGAAUAAAAACAAAUUUUAAAAAAUUAAUCAGGUUUUCUUAGUAUGUAAAAAAACUUGAGAUUUUGUCAAAACCAAAAUUCCUUAAAGACUUUAUCCAGACUUGGUCUUUCCCAGUCUGUUGAUUUAUUAAUAAAAGUUUUUGUUCCUAUUUGGCAACUUACAAUUGCUUCCCAGAUUUCCACUAUGAAUGGAAUUCACCCCUGUGCAGAAAGCUAGCCAGAAGCCUAAUCACAAUUGAAAUUUUGUUAAUCAUUUGCAAUUAGGGAAAUUUCACAGUAACUACAGAAAAGGACACGAAUGUUGCUGUGUACUUUGUAUAAAUUGGCAGAGGCAAGUACAGUGCCUUCAGAUGAGGAGAUGGCAACAUGAGAAAAGCUGUAAGCAUGCGUGGAAUCAAAACGGCUUAAUGUGCUGAGUUCUCCUGUGAUUCCAUUUUAGAAGGUGUCUGUGUGCUAAAGCGUUGAAUUUAUUUUGUUCUUCAAGCUACGUGGUCCUCAGUUUGGUUCCCCCGACACGCUGUGCUCCACCCUUGUGUCUAGAGGGAGGGGAACCGGCGCUGCAGUUAGCGUUGCCUCCUGGGCUGAGCGGGGGCCGAGCCCUUGGCUGCCGCGCGCCCUGGGCCUGGGAAGGGCCUGGCACCCACGGGGGGGGGGUCAGGAAACACCCCUGUCCCGACCAGCGUCCCCACCGUGGCCGGUGUCCACGCGUAAUUUCCCUUCCCUUUGGUUGGUCACGUUUUUUCGUGUAUCUGUGUCAUGAUAGCAUGAAAGCCACUGAAAACGCAGAGGCGCAGUCACUGAAGUCAGAUACGUUUCUCCCUGCAGUGAGUACGAGCUGGUCAGUUUAUGAUCGCUUGCGUUUGUCCCGGUGACCAAAGGGUGUCAGCGUGGAGAGGACACCGGUUUUUUUUAGGGGCGUUGAACAUCGUAGUAAUGUUAUUUAUACAAAGCAAUUAAGAAGCUUUAACAAAAAAAAAAAAAAAAAAAAAAAUUGGCAUAGCUACAUUUAUAGAAACACUGUUCAGCAGUUAAAACCAAAAUGAUGAAAUAACUGUAAAGGUGAUCCGUUAUUUUGAAUGCUAAGUUUUGGAAAUGAAUAGUCUCUAAGGUCCUUAAACAUUUAUUAUAAUUUUAUGUUGCUUUAAUGUUCUGGGUAAGGUCAAUAAAGUAGAGAUUCUUCAAAUACUUCAGGAGAGAUUUUUUUUCAGUGUAUUCUGAACUGUAAUAACUGAAGUUACUUUUUGGAUAGUUUACAGUUACACAUGUGCUUUUAGAAAAACCUUCGGGAAUGUCCCCAUGUUUACUUUUUUAACAAAAUAAACAGGUCUUAUAAUAAAAAACUGUUUAUUGAAAGUAGGUCCUCUGAUAUAUAUACCUGCAAAAUGUUAGGGUUUGUGGGAGGUUUUUUAACAUGCAGUUUUUUGUGAGCUGCUGACGGUGAUAUCAUGGUUCGAUCACAGAAAUCAAAUACAGAGCGAUUUGUCCUAAUGCUACCUCUGUCAUAAGGGUACCCUAUCUUUGACUUCUGUAAUGAGGAAAUUUGUCCUUUGUAACACUGUCAGUGAAGCACCUUACUGUAACAUUUCUACUUCUAGGCUCCUAAGAAUAGCUUUAGAGUGGAGGGACCAAAUUCCCAGUCAGCAUAAGAAAACACAGCUCCCUUGAGCUCCCUUAGUGGAGCUGCACUUGUUUUAUUUUUUUUUUGUUUCAAUUCCACCCCACCCCUGAACUGAAUUUGUCACCCUAAGUACUUUAAUCUCUAUAUUUGGAAGCAGAAGACUGUCUGCCAUAGGCGAGUUCCACUAACGUAGCUCUGCACUUCUCAAUGUUGGAUGCUCAGCACGACAGAACUGAUAAAUAUGAAGGUCAAAAAGCUAGUGUUUAUUUUCAAUGUUUAUUAUACCGUAUUGGUUUUUUACAUAUUAAUUUAAAAAAUGUGGAGUUCCUAAAAAGGGUCGCAAUUACAUCCCUCUUGCUUGUAGGAGGUGGUACCUGCAUAUUUUGUGACUUCUUCAUGACACAGCUGGCAGAAUGGAAAAUUGCAGUUAAGUGUCCACUCUUAAAUUAAUUAGAUACAGCAUCACUUUUGUUAUUGCUUUUUUGUAGUAGUCUUAGGUAGUGAAACGAAACAAAACUGUGUCAUUUUCUCCUUCUGCAUGAUUUAAAAACGAGUUGAAGCCUUCACGAUCUCUAAAGCAAAACACAACACCCAGUGAGUGGAUUGGACUUUAAAUCCUGUUGCUGUUUUUUCCGUCUUGCUGCGGUCAUUUGUUUUCUGUCACACUUGGUAAAACAUUGACAAAGGUUGAACCAGAAAUAUUUUUCUGUUGAGUGGAACUUUCAGCACUUAAAUUCUUUUUGUUGAUAAUGAUGGAAAAUCAGUAAUAGUAGAACUGCCACCUGAAACCUUGAAAAAUUGCUACUGUGUUCACGUUUUAGAAUCCUUUCGCAUACUAUUAUUCCUUACUUCUAAACAUUUUUGAGCAACUUUUCAGUCGUACAGCUGAACUUUUUCACUUGGUCAUUGAGAAGAAAAUUACUUGAGACAUUUGAAGCAUAAGUUGGGAUAAACCUUUAUUUGACCAGUAAUUUUGAAUAAUACUGUACUUCUAGUCUUUUUAUUGAUUUAAUUUCCCUUAACUUAUGUAAUCUUUUGUUUAUAAAUUAAUCUGUUUGUGGGACAGAAGGUUUUAUCAAUUGUUUUCCAUACUGUACAGUAUAUGGUUAAACAUUUUGUAUAUUUAGUGUGUUUUUAAGUUAUUGAUUUGUUUUAUAUCAAAUAAUUUAUUUUUCAGGUACCAUUUUCAUUUAAACUUUGUUUUUACAUGGGUUUAUUUUAAAUAAAGUAUUACACUGCUUUCCAAAUGUCUAAAAUGAAGUUGAAUCCCAUUGUGUUAUUUUGAGACUACAUAUGUAAAUUAACUUAUUUUAGAAUCAACUGCAAAAAUGUACCAACUUCAUACUUCGGUUGUGCUUCGAUCCAAGUGCUUGGAAAUUUUCUGCAAUUAUUUUUGAGCAAUUUGAAAAAAUUGGAAUUUUCAUAUUGAAACGGUUCAAAGAUUUGUUGAGUGAAGCAGCAGCUUUGUAGAAUCCCGUGGAUGGAAUUAUGAGCAUUGUUUUCUAUAUGGUAUUUUCAAAAUUAAAUGAAACAACGCCUAGAUAUUUUAUGCUAGUGUUAAUGCUUAAAAUGAAAUGAUCUGUCAAUAGCGCAAAGGAGUUUUGUACUUUUGCCACAUGUUCAUUACUGGUUUUGUUGAGUACUUGUUUGGAACAUACUCACGAUGUUUUUAAAUGAUCCGUGAUGAAAGGUGAUGUACUUCAAAAUAGAAUUAGGCUUUUACUUAA